AUGUGUAUUUUUUACAAAAUAAAUAAACCGAUAGUGAAUAAACCGAUAGUGAAUAAACCGAUAGUGAAUAAACCGAUAGUGAAUAAACCGAUAGUGAAUAAACCGAUAGUGAAUAAACCGAUAGUGAAUAAACCGAUAGUGAAUAAACCGAUAGUGAAUAAACCGAUAGUGAAUAAACCGAUAGUGAAUAAACCGAUAGUGAAUAAACCGAUAGUGAAUAAACCGAUAGUGAAUAAACCGAUAGUGAAUAAACCGAUAGUGAAUAAACCGAUAGUGAAUAAACCGAUAGUGAAUAAACCGAUAGUGAAUAAACCGAUAGUGAAUAAACCGAUAGUGAAUAAACCGAUAGUGAAUAAACCGAUAGUGAAUAAACCGAUAGUGAAUAAACCGAUAGUGAAUAAACCGAUAGUGAAUAAACCGAUAGUGAAUAAACCGAUAAACCUUUCCUUGCUGUCACAGGUUUACAUAUUAUGA